AACUAAAAUAGUGAUGGUGAUGAUGAUGAUGAUUAGUUUAUAUUAUCUUUCCUUCAUCAAUGGUUAUCAUUUAUCUCUCAAUCUAUUUACUCUUGUUUCAUUAACCAUUGAAAAAUUAUUCGUGAGAAGAUGUUAAUUGAGAUGAUUAUCUAAUUGUUGUCAAAAAAAAGUUAAAUAUUAUCAAGUGACAGAAUCUGUUAACUUGAUCGAUAAUGAUGAUUACUAUUUCAUCAUCUAAAAGGAAGAGCAAAGAAUUACAAUUACACAAUUUAAGAAAAGUGAGUUAAUUGCUGAAUGGAAAAGGAAAAACUUUCUAAUUACUAACAUGAGAAUGAGUAACAUAAAUAAUGAUUAAAACUUUAAUUACAAUAAUCAACUGAUUGUAAGUAAGUUGAGUAAAAAGUGAUUAACAUAACAAUGAAAAAAAUUGCCACUAAUGAUUAGCAUUUAAAGACGAAAAAUGAUCAACAAUUAAACGCACGAUCGAAUCACUAAUAAACCAUUUUAAAGUGAAAGAUAAUCAAUUAUCAUUCAAGAAUUAAGGUGACAAUUAACUUAUGAUAAUUUGGAAAAAGAAAAAGUAAUUUACCUUCUCAAACAAUCUAAUUAAUCGUGUUAACAAUUAAAUGUCGCGCAUUUUGAUUUGAUUUGCGAGUAAAUCACAAUCACAAUAAUUGUCUCUCUCUCUCUCUUGAUUUACUAGUUAAAUUGUAACAAUUAAGAUAACCGUAAUUCAAACAAUCUUAUUGAUUGUUGUUCAAUUUAAGAUAAGAUGAUUGGAUUUGUUUUCCAUCCAGAGAAUUGAUUAGUAAUCAUAUUAAUCAAUAAGAAUUAGUUUUCGCUCUCCAACUCUGAACUUCUCUUAAUUUAGAUAAAAUUGAGAACAUGCUCAUAAUCGAGAAGAAAAGAGAAUGAAACUCGAUUUUGAUUCAUAGAAUAAAAGAAGACAGAGAAAAAAGAAAGAGAAUAUUGAAUUUCUAUUAUUUUCUAUUCUAUUCUAUGUUUGUUUGUUUUUUCUCUUCUAAAGUGAUCGGUUGAUUUUCCAAUUAGUAAUUCAAUCAAUUUCUAAUUAAUUUGUAUUCUUAUUGUUUUUCUUUUUUCUUAAUGAUUACAUGUAAUAUCUGAUUCCAUCUUCAACCCACAAUUAACGACUGAAAGGGGAAUCAGGUCAGCGAAUUAAAUUGUCUCAUAUUUACCUUUUUCAGGUAAUUCUCAGUGGGAAGUGAAUUUAAGGUUGAUUUGGUUUUGCUUUUCUCUUCCAUCGCGUUUAUUGGUUUUAAUUGUUGUUGUUUCUUUUACAUUUUACUCUUUAAUUGUUCUACUACAAUCAACAUCUAACUUAAAUUGUUCCACUUAAUUUCUCACCUGUGGAAAGUCAUCUAAUCAUUAGCCAUGGAACUCAAUACUAGAGUAAUCAAAGAGCCUCGAGGUUUCAUUCGUAUACUUCAAUUGAUUUUUGCUAUUUUCGCAUUUGCAACCACCUCUGGUUUCAAGGGAGCAUCCGAAUUGGAAAUUGUAUGUCCUCCCAUCGAGAGUAAUUCUUCACCAAAGGUGACAAUGAAAGAUGAGAAUAUUAUCCGGAAGAUUGAAUUUAAAAUUGAUUAUCCAUUUGAAUUGGAAAAGAACAAAGUUGAUACGGUAGUUAAUUGUACUUCACCAAACUUCACAGUAUCUCGUAGUUUUCCUAUGGAUUUUUCAAGUUCGGCUCGAUUUUUUGUCGCUACCGGUGUUCUAUGUAUGUUAUUCUGUGCCGGAGCUUUAGCCUUUUACAUGGUCUCAGCUUCAGUUUAUGCAACCAACCCGUUGAUUCCUGUUCUUGAUUUGGUUGCUACCGGUAUUUUCACCGUUUUCUGGUUCGCGGGCUCUUGUGCUUGGGCCGCCGGUGUUUCUGAUCUAAAAUACUACACUAAUCCUGGUACUUACAAGAAACACAUAAAAGUGUGUGUUGAUCAAACAGCUGCUUGUUCAACUAAACAGCUCUGUAAUUGGGCUUCACUUAAUGUUUCCUUGAUAUUUGGUUUUGCUAAUUUCUUCUUAUGGGGAGCUAGUAUGUGGUUUGUUUACAAAGAGACACAAUUCCACCCGAAACCCGAAGCUGGUCCAAUGCCUGGUAGCGUCGGGGGACCACCGAUUCCACAUUACCCGCCCCAGGCUCAGGAUAGUUUUGGUGGUGGUUAUGGUGAUCCUAUUGGAGCCCAACAGAAACCUCCCGGCCAACAGCAAUACCCAAAUGCUCAACAAUUUGUUGGACAGUAUUAAAAGAGAUGAGACAAUAAAUUGAUUGCAACCAAAGAGGAACAAGAAGAAAUAAAUUCCAAUAAUAAUAUAUUUCAAAUGGAAAAGACAAAGACUGUUUAAAGUGAUCUAGCAAUUCGAUGACGACAUUGAUGAUUAAUGAUGAUUCCUGUUAAUUUGAUUGAGUAAAUUAGGAGUACUACAAAAAUUACACGUUAAUUUGAAAAGAAACACAAAAAGUGAACCGUUUAAAAAGCAAUACUUACGAUAUCAAAGACAUUACCUGUUAGAUUUUCUUUUGAUUAACUAGUCAAUUAAUAUGGAGAAGCACAAUAUUUAAUAAUCGUCGUUAAUUUCUGUUAAUUAACGAAGCUGAAACAAACUAAUUCCGCUUGGACAUUUAAUCAACACUUUUUUUAUCGAUUUCAAUUGGAGGGCUUUUUCAUCAUCACCGUUAACUUCAUCAUCGUCUUAAUCAUUGCCUUGAUCAUAACAACUCAAAUUAAACUAAUGGACUAAUUGGGAUAAAGAAAACAUCAAUCCAAAGUUAAUUCAUAUUAACUUAAUUGCGAAAGAUUCAAAUUAAUCUUAUCCAUCGCAUCAUAAAAAUCAUCUGAUUCAUUUUUGUAGCAGAUAAGAAACAAAUUAACUUUACUUAUUUUAAAUUGGCAAAACAAAUCAAACUAAUUAUCAUUGGGGAAAUUUACAUUCCUGUUGACAAGCAAUAGUAUUAUUAUAAUUAUGAUUGGAUCAUAUCUUCAUCUUCAUCUUAAUCAUCAUCGUUAAAUCAAGCGACUCAAUUAUUGAAUUAGGAAAAAAAAGACUCCAAGUUCCAAUUAACCAGUUUAAUUAAUAUCUGAUUGUUCAAUCAUUGGAUUUGCUUAUGAUUUAAACACCAAAGUAACAAACAAACACUUGGUCAUCAUCAAAAUUUACUUUAAUUCAUCUUCAUCAACACAACAAUUAACAAAUUUUACCUCAAGAUUCGUCGAUGCCAAGCAGCUUAUAGUUUCUAAUUAAUGAUUGAUCAUCAAAUUGUUGGAACUUGUGUUUACCUGAUUACCUGACAAUUAGAUUGGAAUGAUUUGCAUCCAUACAUCUUGAUCAUUCCAAUUAACAAGACUGCCUUUUAAUCAAUGGAAUUGACUCUCUGAUGAUCCUGAAAACAACUUUAAUAGUUAAGAAUAUAAAUUAUGAUUAUUGCAAUAAUUAAAUUAGUUGGACCUUAAAGGUAAACAAGUUGAAAAGUCGAGUUAAGAAAAAAAAAAUAAUCAACAUAAUUGUCUCAAUUGUCAACAGUUGCAGUAGUUUAAAUAAUUAAUCAUUCUCUCGGCGAAAAUGACUUUUGGUGCAAUUAACUCAACACUAAUUACCCACAAUUUUCAUCAAUCUCAUUCCGUUUAAAUUGUUAAACAUGAGGUUAAUCAUAUUCUUUUGAUUAUCUCAUCACCUUCACCCGUAAAAAUGUUAUAUAUAUUGUGUUUAUCUAGUCGAGGACUAAAUUAACGAGGAAUCAACUGCUUGAGCUUUAAUUGAAUUGUAACUGGAGUUUCUUUAUUUCUCACUUUCAUUUUUUUUUUCUUUGUGAUAAAACAAUUAACCUAAAUUGUCCAAAAUAAACAUACGAUCAGCAGGAAAUUUCAACUAACCAUUUACAGAUUAUUGUGAAGAAUGUAUAGUUUGAUCUUAAUCGUAAUUGUAAUUGUGAAAAAAAAACUUAAUCAACAUUGUAUUCUAAUGAUAUCAUAUUCUUCACUCUUCUGCUCUUAAUUCUGGUGAUUAUGUUCCAAUUUAAUUUGACAAAUCCUUUUAAUAAUAAAAGUUCCCGUUGUGUUUUAA